AAACAGUUAAGCAGUAUCGAAAAAGACUUGCCAGAGAAAGACAGAGAAAUUUAAAAAGGAGAAAAAAAGUUACUAAUACAGAACCAAGAGUAGAAGUAGAGAUCACAAAUACAACCCUAAAUAAUAAUAGUAUUAGAUUGGUAGAAGUGGAAGUCCCUACUACUACAAAUAAGACUAAUACUCAAGCUAUUGAAAAUGAAGCCAGGUAUUUCUUUGUAGAUAGUUCAAAUAGUACUGGCAAGAUAUUUCUGUAUAAUAUUCUGUUAGCAUAUGUCAGAUCACUUGGAGAAAUUGCUGUAGCAGUAGCUUCUUCUAGAAUUGCCACACUUUUAAUAAGUGGUAGUUGUACUGCACACAGUCGAUUCAAGAUUCUACUUAAACCAAAUGAAUCUUUGAUCUGUAAUAUUUCGCACAAAAAACUCUCCUCAGACAUAGUGAUACCUAAAGGAAAAUUGCCAGAUCUUAUCAACUUUGUCUACCCCAAUUUGGUCGAAUAUUCUAGCAAUAUAAAUUAUAUUGUUAGUAGAGCUAUUUUAAUACCAAAAAAUGAUGACAUUGAGAAUAUAUCGAGUUUGAUAAUAGAUUGGUUUCUUGGAGAACUUCAUACAUAUCCUAGUGCAAAUGAUUUCUAG